GGAAACUUCUUGAAUGACAUUUUUCUGUCAUGUCAUUGUUAUCAGCUGCUGUUUUUGCGAAUUUUAUAAUAAGUGGAAGUUAUGAAUAUUAAGGUUUAUCCUAAUGUGUUAGUAUGUUUAGGGGAAAGUUGAUUCGCUUGGUAUCACGAAGCACUAAAACAUGGGCUGGUGCCAAAUUAAUUUCUACAGUCGAGCUGCAAGCGAAACAAAUGCAAUGCAUAAUGCACCAAGAUUUACCUUCAGUAAGAUUACCCAAAGAAACGUCGUGGAAAUGUCGAAGAAUUCAUACGAGUUUGAGAGCACACGGUAUCGAAGAGGUGAAAGCGCCAAAUUUUCCUGAUUCUAUAACUUCUGGAGAUGUUAAGCUAAUAAAGAAGGAAGGUGACCCGGUGGCUGUAGACGAGGUGGUGCUCGAGAUAGAGACCGACAAGACGGCCAUCCCGGUGAUGUCUCCCGGAGACGGCACGGUCCAGAAGAUCCUGGUCAAGGAUGGAGAAGCGGUCAAAUCGCAGCAGCCGUUGUUUACGGUGAACGUGACAGGAGUAGCGCCGGCGCCAGCUAAGGCUGACGCACCCCCCGCGCCCGCCUCGCCGCCCGCCGCCCCCUCCGCCCCCUCUGCCCCCACUGCCGCCCCCGCUCCCACCGCUCCCAGGCCUAGCGGGCCGGUUGAAGCUACUGUGGUGAAGAGUAAGCCAACUAAACCUGCCACUGCUGCACCGCAAAGGUUAGCGGACCCCACAAAGACGAUAUCGGGUACACGCACGGAGCACGCGGUGCCCAUGAACAAGAUGCGCCGGCGCAUCGCGCAGCGGCUCAAGGAGGCGCAGAACACCGCCGCCAUGCUGACGACGUUCAACGAGUGCGAUCUCAGUAAACUGAUGGCGUUCCGCAAGGCGAACCUGGAGGCGUUCACGAAGAAGCACGGCGUGAAGCUCUCCCUCAUGAGCCCGUUCCUGAAGGCCUCAGCCACCGCGCUGAUGGACCAGCCCGUAGUGAAUGCCGUCAUCGUUGAUGAGCAGAUUGUUUACAGAGACUACGUGGACAUAUCGGUGGCGGUGGCGACGCCGCGCGGGCUGGUGGUGCCUGUCAUUAGGAACGCGGAGUCCAUGGACUACUCCGAGAUAGAGCGAGCCAUCGCCAGCGUCGCCGAGAAGGCACGGACUGGUAACCUCUCAGUGGCGGACAUGCAGGGCGGCACGUUCACGGUGAGCAACGGCGGCGUGUUCGGCUCGCUGCUGUCGAUGCCCAUCAUCAACCCGCCGCAGUCCGCCAUCCUCGGCAUGCACGCCAUCGUGCAGCGACCCGUCGCCGUAACCGGGAAGGUGGAGAUCCGUCCGAUGAUGUACCUGGCGCUGUCGUACGACCACCGGCUGAUCGACGGGCGCGAGGCGGUGCUGUUCCUCAGGAAGGUCAAGGCUGGAGUCGAGGACCCCACGUCCAUCCUCGCCGCGAUUUGAGUAGUAGUGGAUGAGAUAUUAGUGUUUAUAAGGAUUAUGUUAUUAAAUUAUAUAUUUUUAUGAGA